GCGCCCACCUGGAGCCCGGCUCUCGCAGGACGACAUGACGACCGACAUGCAGGAGCAGCGCGGCAGCGUCACCGCGCUGCCCGCCGUGGCGGUAGAGCGGGGCAGCACGGGCUCCAUGGCCCAUUCCGGCGACGAGUUCUACACGAACGGGGAGGGCGAGGAG